AUGGAGGACUUUGAUGUCGAUGCAGAUGUGGACGUCCGAGACCCCGAUGAGAAGUCCAUCAUGACCUAUGUGUCUCAGUUCCUGCAGUAUUCCAGAGACCUGCCGGUACCGGAGGAGGAAAUGCAGGCUACACCCAAUCAAAAGGCCCAGGAGGUGACAUGUUGGCUGACUCAGGCCUACGACGAGCUGCUGGAGGGAUGGGAUUCCACUGAGGGGGAGAGUUACUCUGAGAGAUACCAUGUGAUUCACACCUUUCUGGUGUCAUUCAAUGAGCAGCGGCGUCCCAUCAUGCCUCUGUUGACAGCGAUGAGACGCAGCUCCAAACUGAGCGAUGAGCAGCGCGCUCUGCGACAGGCCUGGGAUACCCUCACCGAGAAGCUCCGUGAAUAUAAAAUGGAGUUGGAUAUGACCCUUCCUCCACCCCUGGACUCAGUCGCCCGUUGGCUGCUGCGAUCAGAGGGGGUUCUGGCCGAGGAGCAGGGAGACCCCCAAGACCAUGGGCGGGCUGCUGAUGAGGCCAGGGAGAAACAGGAGCUGCUCAAGGUUUGUCUGGAGGAGAUGCCUCAGCAGGUGAAGACCUUCCAGAGCUUCCAAAACGUGGACGAGUACGGAAACAUGUUGGUUCCCACAGACAAGAUGGACGAGCUGAAGAGGAGGUUCACCAGUGUGAGAGUGACUGCCAAGUACCAUGGGAUCAAGCUGGAGUACCGGGAGCACCGCCACACCGUUUUGGAUCUGUUGGGACAGAUCAGGACCAAGCUCCGGAUGUGGAAGAGGCCGUACAUCUCCCCUGAAGGAGUCCGGGUGCUGCUGCAUGAGUGGAAUGAGCUGGUGAACAGACAGGACCUCCCGUCUCUGUUGGAAGCAGCUGUUUAUAAGCUGAAAAACAUAUCUGAGAAGUACUCAAGUAAAUCUGCCCUUGCUGCAGAUUACCACCACGUCAGUCAGCAGGUGAAGCAGCUGGAGGACGACACCGCCCUGGUUCUGGAUGAGGUAAAAGCAGUCAAGACCACCAUGGGCCGGGUUCUGUCAGCCUGGGAUUCGUACAGCGACUGCCUGAGCUCCCUACAGGCGUGGUUGGAACAGGGCAGCGGAGUCCACAGCCACGACCGCAGUCCUGAGGUGACGCCCGAGGCCAUGGCCGAGUGGGGCUCCAGACACGCCCACCUGAAUGAGGUGGGGAACUUCCUGAUCGAGUCGACGGACCCUCAGACCAGCAGGAACCUGGCAGAGGAGCUGCGUAAAGUCAACAUGCACUGGGCCGAGUUCGUCAAGAGAAACACAUUUGACAGUGUGUCUGAACCCAGCGCUGACCUCCAGGCCACGCCUCACGACCUGCAGGCUCUGAUCAGAGAGGCCACUCUGAUCCUCAAAGAGCCUCUGGAGGCCAUGGGAGGUCCUUUACGCACCUACAGGAAAAGACUACAGUUCAUAAUGAGGAAGAUUAAAGAAGUGGAUUUGGCAGCGCUUGCUCCGUCCCCAGACUGCAGUGCUGAUCAACUACAAAAACUGAAACAGGCUGUACCUGAAGUAAUGCAGACACUGUUUGAGGCAGAACAGGUGUGUACAGAGCUACAGCACAGCGUAUCAGGUCUGGACAGUCGUCUGGCUGAACUCUUACACUGGGAGACAGAGGCCAGAGAUCUGUACCAGCUUCUGAAGGCUGCAGAGCGGCAGCAGCGUGGACAGGACCCUCGAGCCAGGGUCCUCAUAUCUCGCGGUCUACAGCUGGAAGGUCAGGUGGUGACAGAGGAGCAGGACCUUCAGGUGAUGGUUAUGACAAAUCAGAAGAACUCUCCUAUCCAGUAUCUCCACGCAUCCGCCAUUCAGGACCGAGUCCGAACUGUCGUUGGACAAUCACAGGAGGUGGUUGGGAUGCUGAGCAGCCUCGGAGCCAGAAGAGACAGAAGCAAAAGCCCUCCAGAAGGACCCCCAUCCAAAAUCUUCGUCCAGGCUAAAACAGAGACUCAACAUGUGGUGGCAUCGGACACAAGGCAGUCGACUCAGGACACCACUGUGCCCAAGAUAGUGGUGCAGGAGUACAGAGAAGAAAGGAUCACGUCACCUCCUUCACCAACAUACGCCGAAAUUGUGAUGAGGUCCGGGCCACGGUCUCCACCUUUAGAAACCAAGGUUCAAGGUAUGUCGAAGCCUGUGGUACAACAACAACGGAGACAGGAACAAGUGCCUACACAACAACAACAACAGAUCACGGAACAAGUACAUACACAACAACAACAGCAAACACAGGAACAAGUACGUACAGAACGACAACAACAACAGCAGAGACAGGAACAAGUACUUAUACAACAACAACAGCAGAUGCAAGAACAAGUACGUAUACAACGACAGCAGCAAACACAGGAACAACUACGUACACAACAACAGCAGAUGCAGGAACAAGCACAUAUACAACAACAACAGCAGAUGCAAGAACAAGUACGUAUACAACAACAACAAGAGCAGCAGAUGCAAGAACAAGUACGUAUACAACAACAACAAGAGCAGGUCGACAGGCAGAUGGUCCUCCAACAGCAAGAACCAAAGCAAAAAUCACCACAAGAAGUGGAAAUGCAACAGUCGAAUCAACCUCAACAAUGGCACCAGGAACAGCUUUUUGAGUAUCAACAAGUUCAGCAACACCUGGUACCUCAUGUACAGGUUGAAAUGCAGGUCAAACAGGAAACGGAACUUCAUGAGAUUUCAGCUCAAAAACCAGAUGUAAAGAAGCAGCCUUUAAGCUCAGAGGAGCUUCAGAGCAGAAAAGCUCAGGCAGUAAAGAACCGCCCAUGGCUUCAGAAAACAACCGCAGGAGAACAGAGAACUCCACCUCCAGAUCGGGAUUCCCAACGGGAGCCAGUCCAGACCACAAAGAGACAGACAGACAAAGAAAGAGCAGCAACAGUGAAGGUUGUGGAAAAACCACCAGAUGCACGAGCCAAGACAGUUAAACAACCACAGCAGCAGGAGAAAAAGCAACAAAAAUAUGUGCAACCACAACAAGAGCAGGAAGUGGAACAGAAGAAACAACAUCAAACACAGAAGGAACAAGAACCGCAGAUACAACCACAGCCUACAACGAGACCAGCACACCCAGGUUUAGACAACACCGUGGGUCAGGAUCAGCCACAAACUCAACUUCAGUCACAACCACGCACUGUAGUUCAAUCCAAGACUCAGACCGUUGUCCAGGUGCAGUCCACCAGCGUGUCCCACAGUCCCAGACCACAAGAACUUCCUCAGCCACAUCAACCUAUGAAGGCACAGACUCCAGCCCAGCCACAGAGUCAACCACAACCCAAGACCUCCGUCCCAGCUGGACCUCCACCACCACAGGUCCAGCUCCAGGUCCAAAGCCAAGCUGCACCUCAGACCUGGGCUCAGGUCAGUGCUUCUCCCCCUGUGCAGGUCCAUAUGGGUCCUCCUUCUCCAUCUCAUAUCCAGCUUCGUAGUCAUCCUCAGUCAUGGGCCCCAGUCAGGCCCCCCUCCCCUAAACCACCAGCUCAGACCCAGGCUCAAACUCAGCCUACACCCCAGCCUCAAAUCCAGACACGUCCUCAGAUCAGCGCUCAGGCACUGGCUCAGUCUCAGGUCCAUCCUCCAACUGGACCUCCACCACCCUCUACCGCCCAUCCUUUGACUCAGCACCAGCCCCAACCUCCGCCUGUGAUCCGGCCUCAGGUUCAUCCUCAGCAGGUCCCCCAGUAUCAGACGGCUUCUCAGACAGUGGUCCAGCAUUCAGGACAGAUGUCCCAGGGCCAAAUGCAGACUUGGACUCAGUUCAGAGGCCAGUCACCUGUGUCCCCAGUGCCUCCAGUGUCACCAGUGCCACAUCCACAGCCUUACUCCCAGGGCUUCCCCCAGCCUCCAUCUCCACAGUGGACGCCCUCACCAGAGCCACAAAAUCAAGCUGUUUCCCAGCUGAGACACCCGAUCCCCCAGCCGUACCCUCAACAGCAGUCUCAGGCUUAUCCAAGAGCACAGCCGGUACCACAGUGGGGGCCCCAACAAGGACCUCAGAUGGUUCCCCCUGGAUAUUCUCAAAUGGGCCCGUCCUAUCCUCAACCACAAACACAAAGCCAGCCUUGGGCUCAAACCCAGAUGAGGUCCCACAGUCCAAUGCAACAACAACAACAACAACAACAACAGCAGCAGAGGAUGGUUUAUAAUGUGGUUCAAACGCAACAAGUUCAGCAGCAAACCUGGGCUCCACCUCAGGUCCAGUCCCAGUCUUACCCCCAGGUUCAGCAGUAUUCACAGCAGGUUCCACCACAGUUCCAAGCGCAAAUGUCUCCCCAAUAUCAACCCCCGCACCCACACCAAGCCUAUCCACAGCCACGGCCUCCGACUCAAACACAAAUCCAGGCACCACCAUCUGCACCAGCAAAGCCUCAAGCCCAGCAGACCCAGCAGACCCAGCUCACAUUUCAGAUUCAACAGCAACCCCCGCAAGUCCAACCUCAGAUCCCACCACAACCAAAGUUUCAGUCACCAGCUCAGCCCAAACCUCUGGCCCAAGCAGCGCCACAGUCUGAGAUGAAACUACAAAGUCCACUGAAGCUUCAGUCACCAACCCAACCCAAGGUUCAGCCCACACCUGAGCCCCUGGUACCUCCACACCCUGAGGCUCCUUCACCCAAGAAACCCAAAGUUGAAUCCCCAACAGAGCCCAAACCACUAGCCCAGUCACAACCCUCAACCAAGACCCCAAUAGCCCCACAACAACCAGCUCAGCCACAACCCUCAACCAAGACCCCAAUAGCCCCACAACAACCAGCUCAGCCACAACCCUCAGCCAAGACCACAACAGCCCCACAACCACCAGCUCAGGCCUCAAACAAACUUGAAUCUCCAACACAGCCAAAGCUACCAACGCAGCCCCAGAUCCAGUCUGAGUCGCCAACACUGCCCAAACCCCAAACAUCAGCUCCGUCCAAGGCUCAGUCCCCCCAACAGUCCAGACCACAAACCCAACCACCUCCACAGUCAAAACCUCAGACCCAACCUUCUGUCCAACCCAAACCUCAGCCGUUCCAGACCCAGGUGAACGUUCUGACCCAGUACGAUGCUGACUCACCUGACAUCUGUGUCACACCUCCAGCCCUGGCUCAGGUCCCUCCUCAGGCCUACACCGAGGCCUACGCCAAGGCCCAGGCUUUAGCCAGGAACGGAUUCGAGGAGGCCAAGCACUGCCUGCAGGAGCACAUUCUGGAGACCAUCAACAUCUUUAAGUGCAAAUGUUUAUCAGCUGAUCAAGCUUCAGUCAAAGAGGAGACUCUGAGAACUCUGGAUCCAGAGUUACUAGAGGAGUUCCUGAGAGCAGCCAAAGGCAUGGAGGCGUUCUGUACACCACCACAGCUCACAGACAUGGAGUUCUUCACCCAGUCUGUCAGAACCCAGUGGGAGGCCGUCAGAGCUGAGAUCUCAGGCUUUUUGCCACAAUUACAGUUUGAAGUAACAAGGAAAGACUUUAACAGAGCUGCCCUGCAGUGUGAGAUGCACUUAAGCUCAAACCAAGUCCAGGCUUGUUUCUCAGCCGACGGCAGUUUUGCGCAGGCAGGAAGGCACCUGGAGGCCCUGAAGGAGCUGUGUGACACCCUGAGCCCCGAGGACACCCACCGCUUGGCCCAGACUCAGCUCAUGGAGUGUGAGACGAGGCUGGCCGCCAUCCAGAGGCAGUUCAGCGGAGACCAGGAUGCACCACUCCCUGAUUCCAGGAUCCCUGUUGCAUUUGUGGAGGAUCUGGCCACACAAAGGGAGCCUCCGAAACCCAGUGACAAACCUCAGCCCUCAGCCGAGGUAUCACAGAUUACAGUGAAGACGAGCACUUUGGAGAAGAGAGAGGUAGAAAAGCAGGUGUCAGUGGAGGAAGACGUCACCAAAAAGGAGGCUCUAGACAGAUAUGAAAGCUGUAAGAGGACUCUUCAGGCCCAGCUGGCCAAAAAUGAACAGAGUAUUCAAGACGUGCCCUCAGACUCUGUGUCUCUGAAAGGUCUGCACACUCGGCUGCAGGAAAUUCAGUUCUUGCGUCAGGAAACAGAGUCUCUGUGGUCUGAGUUCACCAACCAGUGCUCCCAGGUGAGUGGGAACACUGGGUUGGAUCAGGAGAGGGCGGAGCUCCAGGACCAGUGGAGAAGCCAACAGCUAAAGCUCCAGAGACGGGGCAACUCUCUGGGCACCGCCCUCAGACAGAUCGACUCCACCGAGAACCACAUGGUGGACUUCACCGACCGCAUGGACCGCUACCUGAGACAACCCAAAGACAUCAGUGGCCUCACCUUAUCCAACAGCAACAUCCUGAGAGACAUCAAGGAACUGGACGACAACAUCCAGAGCGAGCUGGACCAGCUGUCCCGUCUGCACCCAGAGUCCAGUGAUCUGGAUCCCAGAGACUGCUUCCCUCUGUCCCGGGAGGUUGAGACCCACAGGACCAGCCUGGACCAGCUCCGACAGCAGGUCCGGAAGAGCGAAGCCGCCGCCCGCGCCCUCGACCGCUUCCUGAUGUCGCUGCGUACUCUGGAUGAA